CUCACACAAUCCUCACACAAUCCUCACACAAUCCUCACACAAUCCUCACACAAUCCUCACACAAUCCUCACACAAUCCUCACACAAUCCUCACACAAUCCUCACACAAUCUUCACACAAUCCUCACACAAUCCUCACACAAUCCUCACACAAUCCUCACACAAUCUUCACACAAUCUUCACACAAUCCUCACACAAUCCUCACACAAUCCUCACACAAUCCUCUCACAAUCCUUACACAAUCCUCACACAAUCUUCACACAAUCUUCACACAAUCCUCACACAAUCAUCACACAAUCCUCACACAAUCCUCACACAAUCCUCACACAAUCCUUACACAAUCCUCACACAAUCCUCACACAAUCCUCACACAAUCCUCACACAAUCCUCACACAAUCUUCACACAAUCCUUACACAUUGCAUUGUGGCGAUGCAUGCGGAUUUGCUUGCUAUCAAACCCGGUAUCUACAACACCAAAACUGCUAUAA